AUGAAUGACAAUGCCUCCGACGGAAAGUUGUUCUUAAGGGAAUUUCCUAAGUCACUAACAGGCACGGCAUUCACAUGGUACGACAAUUUAAAGGCGGAAAGUGUAGAUUCUUGGCCAACCAUGUCCGCAGUUUUCCUUGGGAAAUUUUAUUCAUCCAAGAGGAAAAUCACGUCAAUAGACUUGAGCAAGAGCGGUCAGCGAACAAGAGAGGAAAUAGGAAAAUACAUCUUGCGGUUCCGACGACUGGCACUAGAUUGUCAUGAAGACAUCAGUGAAGGAGAGCUCGUUGAAAUAUGUGUGCGAGGGAUGAUACCAGUCUUCAAAAGAAGUUUGAUCAACUUCAGGUUUCAGACGUUCGUCGAGCUAGACGAAGCAGCUGAAAGAAUCGCUGACUGUGUGGAAGAAGCACCCACAGACCCUACCUGGUGCCACACAUUGAGUACCAUAUCUGAGGUACCACGUAAUGUAUUAUCUAAUACUAACAAGGAGAGAGGAGACCAAUUUCAAGCAGUCGAUGGAGGCCAAAGGAGGAGCGGAUGGACUAGGCAAGACUCAAAUUCACCACCUCCCCUUCCCUGCAGUAGAGAGCACGCGAUUGAGCUCCUGAACCAAUGGGUCACAAGAAAGGAAAUCCAGCUGCCCCCAACAGUGAUAGACGUCAACAAGAUGGACAAGAACGCGGCCAAAUAUUGCCACUACCAUCAGAGGUUGGCACAUCCGACGGUGGAAUGUUUCACGAUAAGGAGCAUAUUCGAACGAAAAUGCGCCUCUGGAGAACUCGAGGAAGCAAAGCAAACAAUUGAAUACAACCCCUUUCCCCGCCACUGA